AUGGCAGCAAUUGAGCUACCCCAUCAUGCUGGAACCACACGCCAGGACAUUGUUGCGUUUACACAUCAAGUCAUCGAAACAGCACGCGGGGUACCCGAUCAACAGGUAUGGGCGUUCUACGACGAGGUCAACACCUGCGAGUACCUCGGUCUCUUGACUGACAUUCUCGUGCGCCGCAAGUUGUACACGGAUCCGCUGCCUGAGAAUUUGAUCGUCAUGGGGGCAUGUAACCCGUAUGAGCGUCGCGCACCACCAGUGCGUCGUGCAGGGCUGGCCGUGGAGAGCAAGCGACAGGGUCGAGUCGUUCAGACCUUUGACGAGCGUUCGCAGUUGCGUUACCGCGUGCACCCGCUCCCCGAAGCCAUGCUGACCUAUGUCUGGGAUUUUGGUGCCUUGGCUGAGGCAGAUGAGGCCAAUUACAUCGAACGGAUGCUUAUGCAACACGUGCAACUGCGCGACCCCGGCCAACUUGCCGCCUUGGCCCAUGGCCUGUCUCGCCUUCAUACAUUUUUGCGCCAGGAUGGCCGCAGCGAAGAAUUUGUCGUCAGCUUGCGAGAUGUUCGUCGGUUUUUGGUGUUUUACAAGUUUUUCCAAGACUAUAUCGCACGCCGCGAUAGCCUGGACCCUCCCUCUUCUCACGCUGAUAGUCGCUGGAAUCCGUUUUCACAAAAUUUUGGUGCAUCAAAUCGCCUGCACGCAUUGCAUGGUCAGAGAGAGGCCCACAGCGUGGUGCUGUCUAUUCAGCUUGCGUACAUUGUGCGCAUGCCCGUCACUGAAGAACGUCGGAUGGCCCGCGAAACGUUACUUCGCUGCGUUCAAGGAUCUCUGCUCCCCAGCAACUUUGGCAUCAAGUCCUGGCGUCAAGUUGUCAAUGCCGAGGAACGCAACCUUUAUGGCCGCAUGGAUACAUCAGCGUAUCCCAACUUGGCCAUGAAUCGGGCACUGCUCCAGAACGUGUUCUCGCUAACAGUGUGCGUCCUCACUCGCACGCCGAUCAUCCUGAUUGGGGCGCCGGGCAACUCGAAAACCGUGGCAACCACCAUUGUGAACUGUAGUCUUC